CAUUGCAAGCUGAAGUAGCAAUGGCUAAGCUUUAUCUCAAGCUCUUUCCUAAGCUUGUUUCCUCUCUUGCCGUACUUCUUCUUCUUUGUCAAUAUGGCUAUGUAGUCUGUAAAGCAACAGGUUUCUCUAACAGCAGCCGGUUGCCUGAUGGCGAAGCAAGGGCUUUGGAAGAGUUGUUAACCACGUUACAGUGGGGUUUUCAUCCAAACUCACUCUUGCCUUGUCCCUCUAAUCCUGAAUACAUCAAAUGCGAUUGCACUGAUGAGAAGAGCACAGUUUGUCAUGUCACCCGCCUAACGCUCCCAGACCAGGACUUGACUGGACAAAUAAAUGCUUCAGCCUUGGCUAGUCUCGUUCACCUAAAAGCAAUUGAUUUGUCCAAGAAUAAACUUCAUGGUAGCAUCCCUCUCACCUUGUGGAACUUGAGUUCACUCACCCGUCUCGAUCUCUCCACAAACUUCCUCAGUGGCUCCAUACCUCCAUCUUUGGGGAAUUUGUCGUCUCUUGAAUAUCUCCGUCUCUCGAGAAACUUCCUCACUGGCUCCAUACCUUUAUCUAUGAGGAAUUUGACGAAACUCAGACAUCUGAGUUUGUCAAGUAAUAUGUUAUCAGGUCAAAUCCCUAAAGAAUUGGGCGACCUCUCUAAUCUCCGAUAUAUGUACUUGGACUUCAAUGAACUCACUGGUCAGCUUCCACCAGAACUUGGAAGAUUGAGAUCUCUAUAUGUUUUAGAGCUGGGCUCCAACAAUUUGAGUGGAGAACUGCAGGGAAAUUACUCCAACUUUAGUUCGGAUCAAUUGGCGUGGUUUAGCGUAGCUGGGAACCGUUUGACCGGUCAAGUACCAAGUUUCAUUGCGAAUUGGACUGAACUCUCUUACCUGUCCCUCUCCGGAAAUGAUUUUGGAGAGCUUCCUCUUGAACUUUUUUUUAACAUGUCAAAUCUCCGAUACUUGUUUGUUAGUGAUGUAAAUAUCUCCGUUUUCCCAAAAAAGGCAAAUAUCAAGAAAAUAAGAUACCUGAUGAUAAGGAAUUGCUCACUAAGUGGUGGAAUCCCCUCGUACAUUGGUGAUUGGUCAUCGUUAACAUACCUAGACUUGAGCUUUAACAACUUAACGGGUGGAAUACCAGAUUCCAUGAAAAAGCUGAAUUUAAGUAAGAUGUUUCUCACAGGGAAUAUGCUGAAUGGCCCAGUACCUUCCUGGGUUCCUGAUAACAUUAAAGACAAGGCGGACUUGUCAUAUAAUAAUUUUGAUGAUGGUCCGAAGAAAGGAGAAGGAAAGCUGAACAUUGAACCAAACAGGAAUUCUAUACGUGAUUUGACAGAUAAAUGUGGGGGAAAACCAAAGUACGAUUCCUUAUAUAUAGAUUGUGGAGGAGAAGGCACAGUUUUUGAUGGGAAAGAGUUUGAAGCAGACAGUGCAACAUCAAAUUACUAUUCAGCUCCAAGAAAAAAUUGGGCUUAUUCUUGUUCUGGAGACUUCGGAUCGAAAACUUACGAUUCCAGUGAUUACAUAAAAAACGUGGACUGUGGAGUUUGUGAUUCUGCUGCGACACAGUUAUACAACUCAACUCGCCUCUGUCCUCUUUCUCUGACAUAUUACGGCUUCUGUUUAUUUAAAGGAAAUUACACUGUGAAACUUUACUUCGCUGAAACUGUUUACCAAAGUGAUGAAGAUUAUUCGAAUUUAGGGAAACGUGUUUUUGAUGUAUAUAUACAGGGGAAGAGAGAACUGAAAGACUUCAACAUAAAAGAAAUGGUCAGCGGCACCAAUAAGACGUGGACUCGAAAUUUCACAGCAUAUGUAGGAGAUGAUCAUCUAUUGACUAUCCAUUUUUUCCGGGCUGGCAAAGGAACUUUCCUGGAGCCAAGAUUUUUCAAUUCACCUGCUGCACUGUCUCUAAAUGGACCCCUUGUGUCAGGCAUUUCCGUAACUGCAAACUUCAAAGUUAGAACGGGACUAUCUCCUUCACAAAUUGCAGGGAUUACUGCUGGUUCAGUAUUUGCUUCUCUACUCCUGUCGGCUUACAUGUGGAAAAUGGGCUUGCUGCAGAAAAGCUAUUUGGAUGAUAUAACUAUACAGGUCCAAGGAGAUCAAGGAGAUGGAGAAUCUUUCACCCCCAAAGAAAUAAUCGAUGCUACUCGAAAAUUUAGCCCCAAAAUGGAGAUUGGCAGGGGACGCUUUGGAAUAGUAUACGAGGCUGAAUUGCCGAACGAGAGAAAAUUAGCAGUGAUGAAGAUUUCUCCUCGUAAUUCAAAGCAACAAGGAAAAGAUGAAUUACAAGGGGAAAUCUCCAAACUGAAAUCUUUGGAUCAUGAGAAUCUUGUUCAAUUAUUGGGUGGCUAUUCUAAUAAAGACCUGCAUCUGCUAGUAAAUGAAUAUAUGCAGAAAGGCUCCCUUCAACGUGCGUUGUUCGAACCAAAUUCCACGACAACGCUUGAUUGGAAAGCUAGAUUUGAUAUCUGUCUGGGAAUAGCAAGAGGUUUGAAGUAUUUGCAUGAAGAGAAAAGGAUUGUUCAUGGAAACAUAAAUCCUAGUAAUAUUAUGCUUGAUAACUCUCUUACGGCCAAGUUGUCUGCCUUUGGAUUGGCAACGCUUUGUGAUGAGGAAGAUCCAUUUAUGAACAUCGAAGCAAAAGAGUCGCGAGUUUACAUAGCACCUGAGUAUUCAAUGGGAAAAGCAAUAGAUACUGUUAAAGCUGAUGUUUACAGUUUCGGAGUUGUCCUACUCGAAAUAGUUAGCGGGACAGUUAGUGCGGAAUAUACACCCAAUCAAGAAGAAGCUAAGUUUCUUCUGGAUAAAGCUAGUGUUUUGCACGAUGAGGGAAGAAUCCUUGACUUGGUGGACCAGAAAUUAGCAUCCAGUUACGACAGAAAGCAGGCUCUCACUGUUUUGCACUUGGCAAUGAAGUGCGUUAAUCUGUCUCCUACUCUCAGGCCUAAAAUGUCCGAAGUCGUCAGUGUACUUGAAGCUGAGAUAAGCCCUCAGCAGAUUUCCGAAGGCGAUGAUACUCCAUCAGCCAAUAGUGGAGGGUUGUACGAUGCGUUUUCCAGGGUGUUGGAAAUAGAUCCAAUUUCUUAGCCAAUUGGUAAUAUUAAGUUUGGUGAUGAAAACCUUCUGCCUCUUCUUUUUUAUUUUGUAAUUACAGGGUCUAAUUAUGUGGUGGUGACAAGAGAACAUUGAUGUGUGCGUGAGAGACUCCAUGAGAAAUCAUGUGUGUUUGCUUUGUCUGCUAUGAUUUAUUUGUGCUGUUAUUGAAUAAGAUUAUCAUUAGAUUUUA